GCGGAGAGGCGGCUGCCGCCGGGAAUCGUCGUCCCGGAGUCCGAUCUUCACCUGCGCCGGCUCUGGGGGUCCCCGAGAGAGGACAGCCCGACUGGCAAGUACCUCCUCGCGCUCGCGGAAGGGUAUGGUGAGAGAGAAAAUGUCAAUGCAACCGUCCACAAGUUCUCCGACAGCUUCGAUGUCGUGCUGUUCCACUACGAUGGCCGCGCGACAGAGUGGGACGAAGAGUUUGAGUGGUCCAAGAAGGUCACCCAUGUCAGCGCCAGGAAGCAGACCAAAUGGUGGUUCGCCAAGAGGUUCCUGCACCCGAGCGUGGUGGCGCCCUAUGACUACGUGUUCGUGUGGGACGAGGACCUUGGUGUCGACAACUUCACCGCGGAACCGUACCUUGACGUCGUGAGGAGGCACGGGCAGGAGAUCUCGCAGCCGGGGCUGGACGCGACCAAGGGGCCGGCGCCGAUGUACGACAUCACCGUCAGGAGAAACGGCAGCGAGAUGCACAAGACAGAUGCAGGGGGUGAGCAUUGCUGGGACGUGCACAAGCGGCCCUGCAGCGGGUUUGUGGAGGUAAUGGCGCCGGUGUUCUCGAGGGAUGCCUGGAGAUGCGUGUGGCACAUGAUCCAGAAUGACCUGGUCCAUGGAUGGCCUAUCGACUCCUAUUUCUGGAGAUGCGUCGAUGAUCCUGAAGAGCAAAUCGGCGUCGUAGACAUGCAGUACGUUGUCCAUCGUGCAGUUCCCACGCUCCAAGGCGAGGGCGAUAAAGAAAAACCAGGAGGCCGUUUUGAGGUAAGAGCUCGUCAAUUUGAGGAGCUGGAGGCCUUUAACUCUAGGUUCGCCAAUGCCGACAAGGAAGUUGCCAACAGAUCGUCGUCAACACUGAAUUAGUUUAGAUAACUAAAUACAAGAGGAUAAACCAUAGUUUUUUUAUUACCCAAAAUUUCGAAGUAUGUAAUUACUAUUUUCGUCGCAUCACUACCUUCUCUUUGUCUCU